AUGCAACAAUUUCGCAUAACAAUGAAUUUUUUCAAUAAGGAGAAGGAUCUUCGUCCAAAAGUUCGUAAUCUUCAAACUCAGCUACGUCGUGAACAAAGGAAGUUGGAUCGCGACAUCGUAUCUACUCAGCAGAAUUCCAAGCAAUGCGAGGCUGAAGUAAAGAAGUACGCCAAGUCAGGAAACAUUGAUGCGGCUAAGAAACUUGCGGAAGGGAUUGUAGCGUCUCGCAAGUCUGUCAACAGGCUCUAUCAGGCCAAGGCUCAAAUAAACUCUGUCAUAAUGGAGUUGGAAAAUCAAGUAGCAAUGGCGAAGAUGGCUAGUGCCCUCAACCAGAGUACUUCUGUGAUGCAGGCGAUGUCGAAGCUGGUCAAACUUCCUGAGCUCCGUACAACGAUGUGUAACCUGUCGAAGGAGAUGAUGAAGCUGGGUCUGAUGAAUGAGAUGGUGGAAGAGUCGGUAGAAUCAGCUCUGGAUCAGCCCAAGGAGAUGGAAGAGAUGGCACAAGCCGAGGUAGACAAGAUUCUCUUUGAACUGACUAAUGGUGCAAUGGGCAAGGCGCCAGAUGCUGUGACGGACACCCUGCCUGUUGGCACUCAACGGCCCGUCGACGUAGCCGAUGACAACCCGGAUGACCUUGAGGAGAUGCGCGCUCGUCUUCAAGCCAUCCGCUGA